CCUGUUGCCGCCAUUUAUUCAAACUCAUCAUAUCCCUUUCCUUUAUUUCUUUAUGCUUUUUUCCCUUACUUCCAAUGGAUCUUCGUCCUCGUCCAAUUUCAGGCAAAAACAAGCCCCUGAAAUCAAAGCCGAUCCAAAAAAUGCCCAAAGCUUCAAUAAUUACUUCCACAAUUCCCAGAGAAAAGCGAGUUUUCGGAACCAUUCGAAACUCCAACAUUCUCACAAGAACCCUCCCCGAGAAGCCGACGAUCAAACCCUCCGUUGGGGUCCCUCGCAAGAAGCCUCCAACGUCCAAACCCACUCGACCGGAGCCCGCAACUGAGGCUCCGAAGAAGAAUUCCCCUGGAACCCCAAAACCCAAAUUGAAUCAAGGUAGUAUCUGCAUUGAAGAAGAGAAAAAGACUUCAAUUUCAGGGCAUCGAACUCCGGUGAAUUCAAGCCAGUCAAAACUCUCAGCCUCGAAGUUCUAUAGCGCGAAGAUUUGUAGUAAAUGCCAAUUCGAUAGGCUCGAAACGUCGUCGUAUUGGGUUGGCCAGAUCAAGUUGGCCGAGUCCGUAGGCAAGCAUUUUGCCUCGCUUGCUUUCUUUAGACUCGCAAUCGAAUCCAAUGCGGAGCCAAUUGAAAAGCUUGAUUUGGAACUGAAGAGGUAUUUGAGCAGAAAUGGAGGAUUGAGCGAAGACAAUGAGUGGAAGGAGGUGUGUUCUAGGUACGGAAUAUUAUUAUUGAAGAAGAAUGAAAGUGAGAAUGGUGAGAGAGAAGAUUUUGGUUCAGCCAUUAAGGAAUUGAGCUCAACUCAAACUACUUAUGUUAAUGUUGAGGGUCAUCAUGUCUUCUGUUAAAUUGAAUCCUAAAUUUAUGUUACCUUUCUGUUUUGUACCUAAAAGAAUGUUGUAUUUUAUAUACGUUUUCAUUCUGUGUUCCUAUUUUGUAAUUUUCUUCAAAUAGCAGUUGGUAAAAAGAAUGAAAGCAUUUUCGAUUU